UUAACCUUCUUCAGCAGUCUGAAAAAAAUGAGAAUAAUAAAUGAGAAGCUGACGACUGAAAUCUCAAGUCAACCGAAUGAUACGGAUAUGGUGCUGAACAAUGAUGCAGAGAUAAUUGCACUGGAAUUUGGAGAAAUUUUCAAAACUCUGGAAAUGAAGAAACGGCAAUUGCUAGAAGAUGUUGAAAAUCAAAGAAGUAAAAAAGAGAAAGAAUUUCAGAUUUGGAAGAAAAUGAAGGAAACUCACAAGAAGACAAUUGAGAAUUUUUUGAAGGAUUGUGAAAAGCUUGUCCAUGAGUGUGAUCCUCAGCGUUUUCUGGAGGUGGCCUGUGGCUUGAAUACAAGAAUGAAAACUCAGCUUGAUCUGAUGAAUAUAGCAUCCAGUUAUGAAAAACCACCAGAGUAUACUCAAAAGAAGAUGGAUAUCAAACCUGUGGUUAAUGAAAUCUUGGCUUUGAAGUUAAUGCCUGUUAAUGUAGGCAUUGUUAAAGAUCUACCUUCUGGAGGAAAUGAGAACUCAACAAAAAACACUCUAUUUAAAAAUAACAUAAAGCAAUGGCAGGACCAGAAGAAUAUACCCAACACAUUUCUUCCUGUAGCAGGACAGGAGGAAGCACUAGCAGACGGUAGCAGGAUCUGUACUCGCUUAAUGUCAAUAUCAGAAAUGUCAGCUUUUCAAAACAUGAGUCAUGAGGAGUUACGUUACAAAUACUAUAUGGAACGUCAGAAGCUCACCAAUGAGUUCAAGACACAAACUUUACCUGCAAAUAAAAAGUAUAAAUUUGUUACUACUGAGGCUUUGAAAGGUAGGACCUCAGGAACUACUUUUGUAUCUUCACCUGCCAAAGCAAAUAACACAGAUAAAGUAAAAAUGGAAACCCUGCAAAGAGCAGAUGGUUGUGAUGAGAGAAGCUUUUCUGGAACCAGUACUCACAGCAUCCCAUCCACAAAUGUGAACUUGCCUGACACAAAUGGUGACUUAAAAUUACUUCAUGAGAGAAGUUCCCAGGAAGUAACCACUCCAGCCUUAUCAGAAAACUGCAAAGACUUAGUAACUAAAGAAAAAUUGUCAAUGCAGGCAUCAGCAGUUACUGUUUCCAAUGAAAUGGAUGCAAAUUCUAGCACUUCAUCCAGCUUAAAACCAGCAGCAUCUGUAGCUGUUACAGUUUCAAAUUCAGAGUUUCUAGAUGUUUCAGCAGAGAGACUUUCUCCUUCACCUUUUGCUUUCAGUGCAUGUAACAACUCGUUACCCGGAUUUAUUAAAGAUGCAGGUACAUUUUCCUUCAAAAAGAAAGACAAGAAAUAUGUUUUCCCUCAGUUUUAUCUGGGAAAAUGUGAUUGUGUGGAUAAAACUGAUAACCAGGAUGAAAGCAAAUGUAGAAAACAUGGUCCUGCAACCAAACCCACCGUUUCUGAUGCUUCAACCAGUUCUAAUUUAGACUCAGCAGAAAGUGAGAAGCCAGAUUUUUCGUUUCCCUUUCGCAGUUCAGACAGAGAUUGUUUUGUAGGAUCGGGAGUCAGCAAUUCAUGUAAGGUUUUACCAUUAUCCUCAUUCUAUAGCCAAUCUGAGAAGCCAUCUGACAAAAGUACAUCAUCUCACACGAGAGAAAAAACACUUUCUGCAAAGGAAGCUCCAGAAUAUGGUACGCAGGAGCCAUCUGUCUCAUGGGAACAAAAAGUUAAUGUUUCAGAAUCCAUCACAACUGUAGCUUGCAAUACUUCAGAAACCAACAAUGAAGCUGGGGUGAAUGAUGUCUCCAAGUUCUCUCUUAUCCCCAGUAAUUGUAUGUUUUCCUUCAAAAGUAACAGUUUUCAGUUGCCUUCACCAGUAUUUUCAUUUGGAAGUAUUGUCAGAAAUACCUCUGAGUCGCUGACUCUUUCUGGGGUUUUGUCUGGAAAUGGUACUGAAAAAAUUGAAAAAGAGAAGAUGAAAUCUGACAAAACACCUCUAAAUCUAGGGAAGUCUGUAUCUUCAGAGUGUACAGAGCCUGCUUCUAGACAUAGCCAUCCAAAAUGGGAAGGUUCAUUCUUUCCCAUGAACUCAUCUAAGAAAACUGAAAGUGCAGAAAUGCUUGCUGAUAGUAAUAAGUCUUGUAGUCAGCCUUUAUGUUCAGUUGUCCUUCCUGUUAAAUACGAGAAUGCAUCUUCCACUCAACUUACUACAACAGCGACAAAACAAGAAACAAAGGCAAAAGACGAAGAAAGUGAAACUGUUGCUGAAAACAACUGUUCCUGUCCUAGGAGGGAAGGGGAACCUGAGUCUUUACUGUUUCAGAAUGCAGCUGCUUCUGUUCCUGGCACAGGCAAUGAUCUGACUUUAGGAGGUUCUGCGCUUACGGUAAAUGAGGCAGGAGGAGUGCCAAGGGACAGCGAUUCUGACACUGAAGAGCUAAGUCAGACAUCUGUCUCUACUGAUACCAGCAGUGCAUCAGAAUAUUUUUCUGUUGCUGAAGACAAAAUACCUACUAGAAGAAAAUCGGAGACAUGA